AUGAAGAGGAUUUUCCUAGUUUUGAAUAUCCUCGCAAUAACCCUGCCUUUCUUGGGUGCAGAGGUGCAGAACCAGGAACAACUAACAUGCCAUGAGAAUGAUGAAAGAUUUAUCAAUAAGAAAACAAUCCAAUAUAUUCCAAUUCACUCUGUGCUGUCUAGCCAUCCUUACUAUCAAUAUAGACCAGCUGCACCAAUUAAUAAUCAAUAUAUGCCUUUCCUAUAUGCAAUACCAGUUGCAGUUAAGCCACAUACCCAAAUUCACCAAUGGCAAGUCCAGCCAAUUGGUCACCAACAUACUACAGCACAUCAUCCCUUCGUAUACCCACCAAUUAUUACCGUUUCCCCAAAGAAAACUCAGGAAAAAACAGUUGUCCCUACUGUCAACACCAUGGCUACUGUUGAGCCUACACUUCCUCCUACCAUUGACCCAACAGUGAAAAUGGUCAUCACUCCAGAAACUUCCUCAGAGUCUAUCAUCACCAGCACAAUUGAGACUACCACAGCCCCAGUCACUACGCCUAUGGUCUAA